AUGAUAGUAAGUUCUGAAUUGCAACAGAAUGAGCAUCCUCUGAUGAUUGCGAACACGGGACUCGUCUUUGUCAAUCAGCUGAAGAGUUGGAGAGACGCUCAGAGUUACUGCAGACAGAAUCACAUUGAUCUGGUCCGUGUGAGAAACCAGAAUGAGAGUCAACAGGUUCAGAAGAUCAUUAGUGAUAAUCACGCAUCUGGAUCAUAUGUCUGGAUCGGUCUGUUCAGAGUCAAAGACUUGUGGCAGUGGUCAGAUCAGAGUAACUCCUCAUUCAGAUACUGGAAGUCUGGUGAACCUAAUAAUGUUGGAGGUAAUGAAGACUGUACAGUGACUGAACCGAACGCUCAGGGACUAUGGCAUGACAUUUCUUGCACCAAACAAUAUCCUUUAGUGUGUCAUGAAGAUAAACUGAUUGUGAUCAGAGAGAAUCUGACGUGGUCUGAAGCUCUGAGAUACUGCAGACAGAAUCAUGUGGAUCUGGUCUCGGUUCAUUCAGAAGAGAUUCAGCGUCGUGUGAUGAACGUGGUUAAACGGGCGUCUACUGCGGUUUAUUAG